GGGCAGGAGUUUUCAAACAACUGUGGCUAGCUAGCCAUCUACUCGUUGAAUAUUUUUGCUCAGGGAACUUCGGUGGAUUUACUGCAGUUUUGGCUAGCGGGCUAGCUUGUUGAUUAGCGAUGUCGAGCUCCAAGAGGAGAAGAGCCACUUCACCCUCCAGCAGUGUGAGCGGAGGGGCAGACCUCGACGAUACCUCCUCUACUCCUGGAAGUGGCAGAAAAAGAAGAAAAGUCUCCAAUGUUCCUCCUGUCGACAUGAUCGCUGUGUGCCACGAGCUGUUUAAUGCUGUCAGGGAUCACAAGGACGAUCAUGGAAGACAACUCAGUGAUGUUUUUCUAAGGGUACCAAAGAGAAGGAACCAGCCUGAUUAUUAUGAUGCCGUGGCUCAGCCAAUCGAUAUGACAAAAAUUCAGCAUAAACUCAAGUCAGAAGAUUACAGUGAUGUGGAACAGCUUACUGCAGAUUUCCAUCUCAUGUUCAACAAUGCCCGGUCGUUCUAUAAGAGUGACAGUGAGGUGUAUCAAGCUGCAUGCAAGCUGUGGGAGGUUUAUCUACAAACAAGGAGUGAGUUUGUGCAGCCUGGUGACGGAGAUGAGGAUGAUGAAGAUGCUGAGGAUAUGAUGGAUACUCCAGGAAUGUCAACUGAGGAAGAGACCUCAACUGGUAGUUUGAAGGAGGUGUUGGAGCAACUCUUGGAGGCUAUAGUGUCACACACUGAUCCCUCAGGGCAUCUGGUCAGCGAACUGUUCCAGAAACUCCCUUCCAAAGUGCAUUACCCAGACUACUAUGCCAUUAUAAAGGAGCCAAUCGAUUUGAGGACAAUUGCUCAAAGGAUACAGAUUGGAUACUAUAAAAGUAUCAACGCUAUGGCCAAGGAUGUUGACCUCAUGGCCAAAAAUGCCAAAACUUACAAUGAACCAGGAUCUCAGGUUUUUAAGGACGCCAACACCAUAAAGAAAGUCUUCAUCCAGAGAAAGACUGAACUUGAACAUGCUGAACCCACUAAAUCCAGUCUGCGCAUCAGAAAUCGCAGGUCUGGCCAUGGUGACCGGCUUUCUGGUGUCAGUGUAGCUCUUCACUAUGGGUCAGAGAGUGAGGAUGACCCUGUUCUCUCUGGCUCUGUGUGCUAUGAUGAGGGAGAGUCGGAGGCUGAGAGUCAGAGUUCCAGUAUGGAGAUGAGCAACCCAAUCUUCCAGCUGUAUGAAGCUGUCAGGGGCGCGAGGAACAGCCAGGGUCAGGUCUUCUCUGAACCUUUCCAGCAGCUCCCCUCUCGCAGGGAAUAUCCUGAUUAUUACCAGCAGAUUAAACAGCCCGUCGCCCUGCAGCAGAUCAGGGCAAAGAUGAAGAAUGGGGAGUAUGAAAGUGUGGAACAGAUAGAUGCAGACCUCAAUUUGAUGUUCGAAAAUGCAAAGCGCUACAACAUGCCCAACUCGAGCAUUUACAAGCGGGCCUUCAGGCUUCAGCAGAUCAUGCAGUCCAAAAAAAGAGACCUUCUAAGGAGAGAUGAUGUGGACGAGGACAGCAUUCUGUCAUCUGAUACAGGGAGCGUCAAGAAGAAAAGCCACAAGAAAAAUGUCAAAAAGAAUCGAAUGAAAGCCCUAUACGCUGCAGUGAUAGAGGCCAAGGAGGUCGGCACCAGUCGGCGUCUCUGUGAUCUUUUUAUGGUCAAACCUUCCAAAAAGGAUUACCCUGACUACUAUAAGGUCAUCCUGGAGCCAAUGGACCUGAAGACAAUUGAGCACAACAUUCGCAAUGAGCGCUAUGCCACCGAGGACGCUCUAAUGGACGGCAUGAAAUUGAUGUUCCGCAACGCCAGGCAUUACAAUGAGGAGGGAUCUCAGGUUUACAAUGAUGCUAAUGUUCUGGAGAAGAUACUGUUGGACAAACGCAAGGAGUUGGGACCUUCCCCAGGAGAAGAGGACAUGGGCUCUCCAAAACUGAAACUAAGAAAGACUGGUGUUUCUCCAAAGAAGUCCAAAUACCUCACACCCCUCCAGCAGAAGUUGAACGAGCUCUAUGACGCAGUGCGAAACUUCACUGAUCGCAGAGGACGUCGCCUGAGCACGAUAUUCCUUCGCCUGCCAUCUCGUUCCGAGCUGCCUGACUACUAUGCCACCAUUAAGAGGCCCAUCGACAUGGAGCGCUUGCGGAGUCAUAUGGUGGCUGGUCGUUACCAAGAUGUUGAGGCACUAGUGGAGGACUUUGCUCUCAUGUUCAACAAUGCCUGCAUUUACAAUGAGCCGGAGUCCCUGAUCUAUCGGGACGCUCUGGUAUUGCACCGUGUGCUGCUGGAGACACGUAAGCAGCAGGAAGGAGCCGAGGACUUGGGGCCUCCAGCUGUGGGACCUCUGGUGCGGGAGCUGAUCAGGAACCUGUUUGUGUCGGUGUUAGGCCACCAGGACGAAGAAGGCCGAUGCUACAGUGACUCACUGGCCGAGGUUCCUGUUGUGGAUCCUGCCGCUCCUGAGAAGCCACCACUUAACUUUGAUAUUAUACGGAUAAAUGUGGAGCGAGGACGAUACAGAAGACUGGAUGUUUUCCAAGAACACAUGUUUGAAGUGUUGGAGAAGGCACGGAGGUUAAACAGGACUGACUCAGAGAUAUUUGAGGAUGCAGUGGAGCUGCAACAGUUUUUCAUUAAGAUCAGGGAUGAGCUAUGCAAGAAUGGAGAAAUUCUACUUUCUACUGCCCUGAACUUCACAUUAAAACACCUGCACAAUGAUGUGGAGCAAGAGAAGAGGGAAAAAAUUCCAAAAGAGCUUGAGGAUGACAAGGAAAAAAAGGAAGAAGAGGAGGAAAAUAAAGAUGAGGAGAAAGCAGCAGACCUCCCGGGAGAAAUAUGGCAGCCAGAUUCGGAAGAAGACCGUGUUUACAGCCAGCACUGCAAGUUUGAAAACACCAUCUACCAUGUGGGGGACUUUGUCUAUGUGGAGCCGUCAGAGCCGAAUCUGAAGCCACACAUUGUCUGUAUUGAACGCCUGUGGGAGGAUGAUGCAGGUGAGAAGUGGCUCUAUGGUUGCUGGUUCUACAGACCCAGUGAAACCUUCCACCAUGCCACACGCAAGUUUUUGGAGAAAGAGGUCUUCAAGGGCGACUACUACAACAGAGCAUCCAUCAGCAAAGUCCUAGGCAAAUGUGUGGUCAUGUUUGUGAAAGAUUACUUCAAGAUGCAGCCUGAAGGGUUCAGAGCUGAGGAUGUGUACAUCUGUGAGUCCCGCUACACUGCCAGGAACAAGUUCUUCAAGAAGAUCAAGCUGUGGGCCAUGCCUGUGAGCUCCGUGAAAUUAGUCCCUCGAGAGGUGCCUUUGCCUGUUGUCCGCGUAGCCUCCAUGUUUGCCAAGCCCGAUCUGGACAAGCUCACAGUUUCAUGUGCAGACGGUGGCAGUUUUGUGGACAAGGAGAAAGAGAAUGUCCCCAUGGAGAUGACUGGAGCUGAGCCUGGCUGUCAGUACUAUGAGCAGCUACUCUGCAACAACAUGUGGUUUAAAGUGGGUGACUGUGUUUACAUCCAGUCUCACGGUCUGUCAAAGCCCCGGGUUGCCAGGAUAGAGAAGCUGUGGGUUCAGAAUGGAACUACUUUUUUCUUUGGACCAAUCUUCAUUCAUCCCGAGGAAACUGAACACGAGCCAACGAAGAUGUUUUACAAGCGAGAAGUUUUCCUGAGCCACCUUGAGGAGACCUUGCCUAUAACCUGUGUCAUAGGCAAAUGCAUGGUUUCUUCCUUUAAGGAUUACCUGUCAUGCAGACCCACUGAGAUUUCAGAAGACGAUAUCCUGCUGUGUGAAAGCCGCUACAUUGAGACCGAGAAGCAGGUGAAAAAGUUCAAGGGUCUUAAACGCUUUUCAUACACUGCCAAAGUAGUGGAGGAUGAGAACUACUACUUCAGGAAAGUGAUUGUGCCGCAGAAGGAAGCGUCACCCUUUUUGAACAAGAAGAUUGAAGAGCUUGAGGUUAAACUGGCAGACUUAGAAGAUGCAGAUGAUCUGGAAGAUAUGGACGAUGAGGAGGAUGCUCCACAGACCCCUUCUAUGCCUCAGAUGCAAACUCCACUUGCUAGUGAUAUGGACAGUAUGCCGUACACUCCUUCUCAGUCCACUCCUAAAGUGAAGGGCUUAUCAAAGAAGGAAGGAGCUAAGCGAAAGAUCAACAUGAGUGGCUACAUCCUGUUCAGCAGUGAAAUGCGAGCAGUCAUCAAAGCUCGGCACCCAGACUACUCCUUUGGAGAGCUCAGUCGACUUGUGGGCACCGAGUGGAGGAACCUUGAAGCUUCCAGGAAAGCUGACUAUGAAGAACGUGCAGCCAAAAUAGUGGAGCAACAAGAUCGUGAGAGGCCACCACAGAAGCAAGCGUCCCCUAGAGCAGGUACCCCUGUAGGGGCAAUGAUGGGAGUGGUGCCUUCGCCUAGCACAAUGGGAAUGAUAAACCAGACCAUGACACCUGUGUCAGGCAUGAUGGGAGCUUAUGGCCCACCCUACAUGUCCAUGCAGGGCCCCCACGAGGGCUUGUUGAGUGUGGCAACAAUGUCACCUCACCCUGCAGGGGGGCCCUACCUGCAUCCUCACCAUCUCCAGCAAGGUAUGCCCGGGUACCCUGGCAUUCCGUAUCAGGGUAUGAUGGGCACUGGGAUGAAUGGCAUGGCAGGAAGUCCUGCACCAGGAAACUUUAUGCAACAGCCUGGCAUGUUCAGCCCAGGACAGCAUGCGCCGCCUCCUCCUCCAUAUCCAGGACAGGGCCAACCGUCGCACCUGCAGCCCACCACUCCAAUGUUUGUGGCUCCACCACCAAAGACCCAAAGAGUGCUUCACUCGGAGGCCUACCUCAAGUACAUUGAGGGCUUGAAUUCAGAGUCUUCCACUGUCAGCAAGUGGGAUCAAACGCUUAAAGCUCAAAGGCGAGAUGCUCAUCUGACUAAAGAGCAGGAGAGCCGACUGCCAUCUCACUGGCUGAAGAGCAAAGGAGCCCACACCACGAUGGCGGACGCACUGUGGCGCCUGCGUGACCUAAUGCUGAGAGACUCUCUGAACAUCUGUCAGGCAUACAAACUGUAACCCGUAGGACACUCAAACCACUAUAACCAGCUCUCACUGCUCUUAUCCUCAAUCGUUGGUGUUUAGAAAGGAUUAUAGACUGUAGAAGCAAUAUUUUAUAGUGAAUCAUGAUGUGUUUUAUAUUUAUUCGCUAACAUAAUGAACUUGAUUGUGAUUUGUGUGCGCAGUUUGAUUUUCUUUUUCACACUAUUUAGAUGAAUUAUUUGUGCUGCAAAACCAGUGUUUGUCUCAUUGUUAUCUACAAAAUAAAAUUGAGAAUAUCCUGUCAA